CGUACAUGUGUGGGUGUAUUAUGGUCGAAGUCUCCGGAAGUACUGACUGGAGUGGACUGGACAUGCGAAGAAAAUUGGCAUUGUUGUAACCCCAAAUGGCCAAUCUGUCGUUUGUGUGGACCACAGAUUGCGGAAGGAAAUCCAGAGCCAUGACAUCGACCAAUCACUAUGCUUUUAGCAUGACCUAUAUUAUACUCUCUCUCUUUCAACUAUGAUUUCUCGACAACUAGCUUGGAAGCAUUGAGCUCCAAGCACCAACAACAAAGUUUUCUGUAAGACGUCGAAUUUAAUGGUCGGAAAACAGAGUGAAGAUGCCCCGAUGAGCGUGACGUGUUCUGCUAUUUGUUGCUCAAAUCUACGAUGUGUUUAGUAAGCAAGCAAAGCAUUGGCAGCUCAAGUGUAUAUGCCAUAUACGAGUUUCCAUCUCUUCUUCAAUCAUCCUCCAUUACCCCUUUACAGCCUCAGAGUUGAAUCCACCGAAUUCGCUUGGAUUUCUCUCUGGAAAAGAAAAACCAAGCAAGAAAAGUAAGAAACUAAGAAACGGGGAAUUGAAAAGGAGAGCAGAGGAGGGUUGUGUUGCUGUGCGGCGACUGCAUGGAAGAGUAUGAGGUGGUGGUCCGGUUUCAAGCAUUGCAGGCGUUUGGAGUGUCCGUAGAUGCGGUCUGCCCUGGCAAGAAAUCUGGUGACAUCUGCCCCACCGCCAUUCAUCAACAUUCUACUUCUCAGUUUCUCACCAGAUUUUAAAUACUACGAUGGACUAGUAAUAUCAGGAGGGCGAUCUCCUGAGUAUCUUGCUGUGGAUGCAUACGUUGUAGAAUUGGUGAGAAAGUUUUCCGACUCCAAAAAGCCAAUUGCUUCUACUUGUCAUGGCAGCUGCAGACUCGAUUAGAGGGCGGAAGUGCACAGGGUUUCCGCCUGUGAGACCUGUAUUGGUUGCUACUGGGGCUCACUGGGUAGAACCCGAGGUCAUGUCGUCUGUUGUUGACGGUGAUAUAGUUUCUGGGGUUACGUAUGAAGGACUUCGGGGAAACCAGUUGCAUCCCUAUGCCAUGGGCCGCAGAUUUAAGCUGCAGCUGGUGUUUCUGCAGAAGAAACCUCCAUCAUUAGGUCACUGGAAGGUAUUUGGUUCUGCAGUCUAUCCCUUUUUCAGACUUUACAACAGCAACAAACUUCAGCCUAGAUCAGCUUUAUCUAUAUUAUUUUGGCUAUGCACUGCAGUGGGGUACAAGGGUGUAAUCUGUUAUCAUUUGCAAACCAAAAAUUUGUUAUUGUCAAGGCAUGUAGUUCGUGAUGAGACCUUGUUCCCUGCCAAACUUCAAACAAUAGACUGGUUCCUCCUUUGAUUGUGACAUUGCCUCAAGUGUUUCAGCAAGAUACAAGUACUCCAGUGAUGUCAUCCAGCCCAGAAGUAGCUUUAUCAUUAUCCUUGAGAUCAUUAACACAGGAACCUGAAAGUUCAAAUGCUCAUUCAAGUGCUACUCCUCCACAACCUCCUUUGUUACCUGUCCUUGAUCCAAGUCAUCUUCAGGUAAUUUUACCUAUUGAUUCUUUGUCUUCUAGUAUUGUGGAAUCUUCUCAUAAUCAUGUUAUGCAAACAAGGUUGAAGACUGGGUCUAUUUAUAGGCAAGAUUGUUCUGCUUAUUUGACUGCAUCUUCCUUGCCUAAUAAUUUUUUUAUUGAACCUUCAGAAUUAUAAUCUCUAUUUAUUACUGACAAUGAUAUCGGUUAUUCUGGUUAUACAUUCUUGACUAAUAUCACUGAUGUGGAGGAACCGAAGACCUUUAGGGCUGCCUAGUUCCUUUGUGGCAACAAGAAAUGAAGGAAGAGUUUGAUGCUCUAAAAACUCAAGGAACUUGGGUUCUGGUUCCACCUCAUGUUGAUAGAUCAGUUGUAGGAAGUAAAUGAGUUUAUAAAAUAAAGAGAAACUCUGAUGGUACAGUUGCAAGGUAUAAAACAAGAAUGGUAGCUUAGGGUUUUACACGGGAGCAAGGAAUUGAUUACUCAUAAAUGGUCUCUCAAACAAUUAAACAUUAAGAAUGCCUUUCUUCAUGGAGAUUUGCAGAAGGAAGUUUAUAUGCAUCAACCUCAAGGUUUUGUGGAUCCUACUGAUUCAUCAUAUGAUUGUAGAUUAGUCAAGUCCUUAUAUGGUCUUAAGCAGGCCCUUAGAGCAUGGCAUUCCAAGUUUACAAGAGUACUACCUUCUCUGGGAUUCAAAGUUUCCUCUUCUGAUGCUAGCUUGUUUGUCAAAUUAACAUGAUGGGGUCAAUAUGAUCUUGUUAUUGUAUGUGGGUGAUAUAAUCAUUAGAGGUUCUGAUGCUAAUUAGGUUCAAUCAAUCAUUGGUAAACUUGGUGAACUUAUUAAUUUUAAGGACAUGGGUGUUCUUACCUAUUUUCAUGGGCUUCAAAUUAGUAUCAAUACAAUGGAGACUUGUUUGUUAAUCAAUCUAAGUAUACCAAAAAGUUAAUUAAAAAGGCAGGUAUUGAAAAUUGCAAGCCUGCACCAACUCCAUCCAAACCUCAUUCUCAAAUUUGCAUCACAGAAGGCAUUCCAUUGGCUGAUCCUACCUUAUAUAGGAGUCUAAUAGGUGCACUUCAGUAUAUUACAUUUACUAGACCUGAUAUAUCACAUGCUGACAAUGUUGUGUCAAUAUAAGAGUCAACCUACAUAGUCUCAUUUUUUUCUCGGUGAAAAGAAUUCUCAGAUGCCUUCAAGGUUCUUUACGUUGUGGCUUGAGAUAUAAGCUGUUUCUAGUACUACUCUCUCAACAUAUGUUGAUUCAGACUGGGCUGCACAUAUAAACACUAGAAGGUCUAUAACAGGAUAUGUUGUAUUUUAGGCUCCAAUCCUGUCUCAUGGCAAUCCAAAAAGCAGUCUUCAGUUUCAAGGAGCUCUACUGAAGCCGAGUAGAAGGCAUUAACUCAUUGUGUAGCUGAUGUGUGUUGGUUAAGGAAUAUCUUGAAAGAUUUACAUGUAAUUGUUCCUUCUCCUCCUCUGUUACAUUGUGAUAAUUUGUCUACUCUUGCUCUCAGUACAAAUCUUGUAUUUCACUCUCGGAUUAAGCACCUCGAUAUUGACUAUCACUUUGUCAGAGAGAAGGUUCAAAAAGGGGAUCUUUUGGUUCAAUACAUAACUACAAAGGAGCAACUGGCAGAUUUGUUCACGAAGGGCUACAAAAUUCUGAUUUUAUUAGACAUUGCUGCAAUCUUAACCUUGGGAACCCACGUUAAGAUUGAGGGGAGUAAUAACAGAUAGGUUGCCACUAGUCACUUGUAUGCUGGUUGCUUAACAUGUAAGCUGAAUGUUAGCUCAGUUGUUAAACUAAGAUUGGCAAGCUAUAAAUAGAUUUUGUGUAAAAUAGUUUAGGUGGUUAAUGAAAAGUUUUAAGUUCUGCAA